AGUUCCAUAUCGAACGCUACGACUAUCUAACAAUUGUUCUAUAAAUACUCGAAAUUGAAACAUUGGUUACGGUACUGUAUUACGAUGUCACUGGUAGAGUAAAAGCACGAAAAAUUUCGUGAGGCAGGUUAAAUUUUAACCUUUUGUCAGUCAAGCAUAUCCGGCUACAAUGAAUAAAAUUAAUGAGUUCAAGGAGCUUAUUAGGGACUAUAUUGGGCCUAGUAAGAGUGUGGUAGAUACAAAAGUGAGCAAUGUUACAGCACCGGGAGAGAAUUACAUGAGUGAAAUUAUUCGGAUUAACGUUACUCUAAAAAAUGAUACUACGGGGAAAGAAGAAGAGUUGUCCAUGGUGGCGAAAUUGGUGAUUGAUGCUGAGAUUGUUAAUGGAGGAACCACAGCCAUAAUCACCAAGAAUGAAGUGGUGUUUUAUAAAGAAGUGAUUCCUGUUAUACAGGAAUUUCAGAGAAGACAUAAUUUGCCGGUUCUAGAUUUAUUUCCAAAGUUUAUAGCCGGUAGGCUUAAUCUCAAUGGUAGCGAUGUAGCUGAUACAGAUGCUGUUUUGAUUUUGGAGGAUUUAUCACCAGCAGGAUUUAAAAAUUUGGACCGGAUGAAAGGAUUUGAUUUAAAUGGAGCGAAGUUAGUCCUCAACAACAUGGCGAUGUUACAUGCUGAGCUGUUAGCGAUGAGGCUUCUUGAGCCAGAAACAUAUGAGGCUAAAAUUAGAUCCAAUGCUCAAGGUCUAAAACCAAACGACCCUGAUUUGAAGAAAAGAGCUGAAUUUUUUGAGCAGCCUGUAAACUUGUUGACUCUAGUCGAAGACAUAUUAAAAACUGAUGAAGAGUGUAGGAGUCAAUUAAGACAGUUUAAAAGCUUCAUUGUACAGUUGAAAGCAAGCCUUGCAAAAAAUACUGAUAAUUUCUUUGGGAAGAUGGUGAGAGAUGAUUUUGAGACUUUGGUGCAUUACGACAUGUGGACCAAUAAUGUAAUGCAAACGUUUGAAGACGGAAAUCCAGUACAAACUGUGUUUGUUGAUUUUCAAAUGUAUAGAUCGGUCAGCUGUGCUACGGAUCUCAUCUUUUUCCUCAUUACUAGCGUUCAAAUAGAGUACCUUCGGAGUCACUUCGAAUAUCUUCUUAAAUAUUACUACGAAAUAUUUAGUAGCACUUUAAAGAAAUCUGGAAUAGUACAUAGUAAAUACAGCUAUGAUCAGUUUUUGGAAAGUAUUAAAAGAGUGUCUGAAAGUGUGGUCUAUCAAGUUAUUUUUAUGGUUUUGGGUAUUAUACAUCCAAACACUGACGUAGGUGGAAACGACCAAAUGUAUUCAUUGAAAAUUGAAAAUGUCAGCCCAACUGCAAAAGAUAAAAUUAUUUUUAUGUUUCAACAGGCAUUUAAACGGGGUUGGUUAGAAUAAAAAUAGUAUAAAUA